AUUAGGUGGGCAAACAGUUUUAGCAGCGGGGGCCGAGAUAGCCCGGGGCUACAUAAACCCCUGGCCCCGGCCGAGCUGCCACCGCCGCCGCCAGCACCAGCACCAGCACCAUGGUGACAUCCCCGGCCAUCCUCUGCCUCGUCGCCUGGCUCCUGCCCCCCGCCGCCGGGCACCUCUGGGCAUGGAUGUUCUCCCUGCCCCAGCACCCGCCGGAUGCGGCCGCCCUGGGCAGAAACCCCGGCCCAGGGAGCGACAUGGAGGAGGUGACCCCGUGCAGCCCGAACGCCCCCUGUGCCCAGGGCCACUUCUGUGACGAGCACUUUGGGCUGUGCCUGCCCGCCCGCCCCGCGGGGCAAUUCUGCCGCCGCGACCCCCACUGCGCCCACGGCCUCCUCUGCAUGUUCGGCAAGUGCCAGCAGCCCGUGCCCCCCGGGCAGGAGGGAGCCCGGUGCCAGCGGGACGAGGACUGUGGGGCGGGCGGCUGCUGUGCCCGGCAGCACGGGGAGUUCGUGUGCCAGCGGCGCCUGGUGCUGGCCCAGAGCUGCCACGUGCCCCCCGGGGGUCUCGCCUUCAGCAUCAACCAAGUGUGCCCCUGCCAGGCCGGCCUGGUCUGCCGGCCAACCCCACCCGGGAGAGAGAAGGCGUUCGAGUACCAGCUGGAGAAGAUGGAGUGGAGGUGCCGGCAGCCCUGAGCUCCAGCUCCAUAUUUAUUCCCUGUAAAUAGCGUGUCCAUGGCGUGUCCAGACCCGGCCUAGUGCCGAUAAACCCGGCCCAGCACCGCGCUGAGCCCGACGGCUGCCGGUGCCCUGGCAGAGGGGGGGGCCAGAGCCCCCCGACCCCCACAUCGGGUCUGUGCCCCUUGCCCGGAGCUGGGCAGGUCCCAGCUCCAUCCCAGCCUCACCCCCUCCCCAGGCAGGUCCCAGCUCCAUCCCAGCCUCACCCCCUCCCCAGGCAGGUCCCAGCUCCAUCCCACCCUCACCCCCUCCCUGGGCACCCCCAAGGCCCAACCAGGGGGACACGUGGGGGUCUCUGCAGAGCUGAGCUGAGCCCCGGUGGCUGCAGCCCCCCCCCCCCCCCGUGUCCCCCCACCCACCCCCAGACCCCACCAGGCUCAGCCGUGGGGACAGAUCUCACCGAAAUGUUUAUUACAAAGAACCAAGCGAGCGGGGCGAGUCCCCCCUCCCCCCCAAACACACACACACACACACACAAACCAACGAGAAUAAAUAAAUAAAAUACA